AUGGGCUACCUCCGAAAGAUGUUCCUCGGUCAUUCCGUCUUCAACUCUCAGUCAAAGAACACACCGCCCUCGUCUCCUGAGAAGAACAAGAAGCUCCCGGCAGAGCCCGCGAAACCCACCUUCAGUCCAACUCAACCACCUUUCUUUAACUUUUCCCCUGGCUACUAUUCUCCUGGAUUCUCACCCGGAUAUCCAUACGUCUCAUCAUGCAACUCGAGUCCGGCUGGCUCGCCGAUGAUUAGCUGGAACGAGAGCAAGGCUCAGAGCAACGAAUGCUACUUUACUUACAAGAAACCUGAAGUCCCUACCAUUCACUCCCAUUCGAUCUAUCCCAGCCGACCACCCCUUUCGCGAGAUUCCUCAUUCUCGUCCCUGUCAAGUGUUUCCUCCGACUCGUCGGUCUUCAGUGAGGAUUGCUCCACUCCUCCUGUCCCCAAAAACCCGACCAAUGCAUCGGAAAUAUCUCUUGCGGUCAAAUCAAAAUGCAGGGUCUCAUUCAGCAACCCUACCAAGCAAAUACCUGUCUUCAUGCACCCUCUCUUCGCUUUAUCUUCCCCCUCUCUUCAGCGAGCUCCCAUCAACUAUGACGCUGCGGUCGCUCCUUCCAACGCCAACAUUCUCGAUUUCGUAGGCGACAAGAUUCCAGUGUCCACACUUUUGGAACCAGCGACCGAGCCGCCCAUCCGGGGAAAGCUCGUUCUUGAGGCGGAGGAUCUGCCUUGGACUAUCGUAGUUCAUGCCUCUGGCAACGCGUGUGGUCCAGGUGCAAUGCUCAAACCGUCUCCGCACUCCUCGCCGACAACGACCAGGGCCACUGCGGUCCCCAAGCACAAAUUCUACAUCGACGAGGACGAGGACUCUGACUACGACGACGACGAUGACGACGACGUUGAUUCUGCGACUGUCGAGCAGGGCUCCAGUGAUGCUGUUGUUAGCAACCUCGACGUUCUCUGCGCUGUGCACACCUCCCUGGGGACCCCUAUCACUCAGAAGGAGUGGGAGUCUCUCGGGAACGAUUCGCCAGACCAGCGUCGCGUCGCUCGCGCUUAUCGCAAGAGGUGCAAGGAUACUGGGGACUCCCUGAACGAUGGGGUCAAGAGGAUCGAUUUCCUGAAGCAAAAGACGUGCAUGGUUGGGGUUGCCUCAAAGAAGAAAGAUGUCGAGGAGUGUGAGAGGUAUGCUUCUGAUAUGUUGGGCAGGGGAGAUGAGAUCCCCGUUGUUGGGAAGAUUCUCUUUGGGGAGGUUCAGGCUGCUGAGGAGAAGUGA